CAUUGACGGCAUUUGCCAUGAAAUAGUUCUGCCAGGCACUGAACUAGGCAUUGGGAUAUAGUGGUCAACAAGAGCAGUCUGCACCUUACACUCUGGCACUUGGACUCUGGCCAGCAAGACAGACCACUCCAAAGAAACAAACAAGCAAGACCCCCACUGCAAGCAGGCUCCCAGGCUCAGGAGGCCCAGAAGUGCCCGACACCCUCGCACGCUCCAUCUCACCUUCUGCUUCUCCGAGUUCUGCGCGCUCAGAGCCGGCAGCCCCUCUCCGCUCCUCGCGGGCGGCUUCCGCCCUCUUCCAAGAUGGCCGCCACGGCCUCUGUGACAGGCCUGAUCACGUGCGCGCCGUCGCCUAUGAGGUCGCUGGGGCUCGAGCGGCGAUUGUCCCUUCCCGGGCCCCGUCCCGAGGCGGCGACUGCCCCUGUCAACCCAAGCCUGAGCGAUCAUGGCAACGGGCUCGGGCGGGGAGCGUGUGGCAGCGGCGGCAGCGGCGGCAGUUUGGUCGCGGGCCGGAGCGACGGAGCGGCGGCGGUGGCGGUGGCACUGGCGCUGGCACCGGCCCUGAGCGCCAUGCAGCGGGGCAGCCCAGAGAGGCCGCAGCCGGCGCGGGCGCGGGCCCUCUGCCCGCACGGGAAGCCCCGGGGCAAGGGCCGGGGCGGCCGACGGAGCUCUGGCCGCGCGGCCGACGAGUCCCGCUCCCAGCGGCCCGUCACCGUGGACAGCUCCAAGGCCAGGACCUCCCUGGACGCCUUGAAGAUCAGCAUCCGCCAGCUCAAGUGGAAGGAGGUCCCCUUUGGCCGACGCUUGCCUUGUGACAUCUACUGGCACGGAGUGUCAUUCCACGACAAUGACAUCUUCUCCGGCCAAGUGAACAAGUUUCCAGGCAUGACGGAGAUGGUGCGUAAAAUCACUCUGAGCAGAGCCGUGAGAAUCAUGCAGAGUCUCUUUCCUGAGGAGUACAACUUCUACCCGCGCUCGUGGAUCCUGCCUGACGAGUUCCAGCUUUUUGUUGCUCAGGUUCGAAUGGUGAAAGAUGGUGACCCCUCCUGGAAGCCCACGUUUAUCGUGAAACCUGACGGUGGUUGUCAGGGUGAUGGAAUCUACCUCAUUAAAGACCCCAGUGACAUCCGCCUGGCAGGGACCCUUCAGAGCAGGCCGGCGGUGGUCCAGGAGUACAUCUGCAAACCUCUUCUCAUCGACAAGCUCAAGUUUGAUAUUCGUCUGUAUGUCUUACUCAAGUCCUUAGACCCCUUAGAGAUUUAUAUAGCCAAAGACGGACUCUCUAGAUUCUGUACAGAGCCAUACCAGGAGCCCAGCCCCAAAAAUCUGCACCACAUCUUUAUGCACUUAACCAACUACUCACUGAACAUCCAUAGCGGCAACUUUGUCCAUUCGGACAGCACUAGCACGGGCAGCAAAAGGACUUUUUCUAGCAUUCUUUGCAGGUUGUCUUCCAAAGGUGUUGACAUCAAGAAGGUCUGGUCUGAUAUCAUCUCCUUGGUGAUUAAGACUGUCAUUGCUCUGACUCCAGAGCUCAAAGUCUUCUACCAGUCGGACAUCCCUGCAGGGAGGCCGGGGCCCACGUGCUUCCAGAUUCUAGGCUUUGACAUCCUUCUGAUGAAAAAUCUGAAGCCUAUUCUAUUGGAAGUAAAUGCAAAUCCCAGCAUGAGAAUCGAACAUGAGCAAGAACUUUCUCCAGGGGUCUUUGAGAAUGUCCCCAGCCUUGUUGAUGAAGAAGUGAAGGUGGCCGUGAUCAGAGACACACUACGCCUCAUGGACCCACUUAAGAAGAAAAGAGAGAACCAGUCUCAGCAGCUUAAGAAGCCAUUAGAGGAGAAGGAAGAUCCUUCUGACAGUGAGCCGGCCGGCGCCUCCGAAGGCAACCCCAGCACGGAAGCCCGCCUGCCUUCCAUCUGCCUCAAGCAGGUGUUCCCCAAGUAUGCCAAGCAAUUCAACUACCUGCGCCUGGUGGACAGGAUGGCAAACCUGUUCAUCCGGUUCCUGGGGAUCAAGGGGACGAUGAAGCUGGGACCCACAGGCUUUCGGACUUUUAUCAGGAACUGCAAACUCAGCAGCAGCAGCUUGUCCAUGGCCGCGGUGGACAUCCUCUACAUUGACAUCACCAGGAGGUGGAACUCCAUGGCCCUGGACCAGCGGGACUCAGGAAUGUGCUUGCAAGCCUUCGUGGAGGCUUUCUUUUACCUGGCUCAGAGGAAGUUCAAGACGCUGCCGCUCCACGAGCAGGUGGCCUCGCUGAUCGACCUGUGCGAAUACCACCUGUCCCUGCUGGACGAGAAGCGCCUGGUGUGUGGCCGCAGCGGCCCGGCGGGGCCCCGGCCCCCGGACAGCGGCACCCCCCCGGACACCGCCCCCUCGGCGCAGCCGGCGGAGGACGCCCCUUCAGUCCUGCACAAGCAGCACCCACUAGGCGACCCGUCCCAGACGCGCUCUGUCCUGCCUGCCCAUGGAUGCUGCCGCUGAAGGGGGCGCCCUUCGGGGCUGGAGAGGACCCUCCGGGCUUCCCGCCGGUGGGGAGAGGGCAGCAGGCGGAGAAUUCCCGCCCCACGGCCCCAGGCCCGCCGGCUCUGCUUCUGCUGAGCUGUGCUUUGAAAAAGGCCAAUGGUGCCGCCCGCCUUCUUCUCCGGGUCCAACUCUCUGUGAGUCAGCGGUGGACAUAUGACAUCCCAAACGCGACAGAUGGCACCUUCUAUUCCAGGCUCACAGGAAGCAACAACGGAGUUAAGCUGUUGCGGUCGGGCACGGGGCGCCCGAGAUCCCGAGCCAGAGCUGCGGAGAGGAAAGCGCCGGGGAACGCGGAGACCUGGGUGUGCGGAGCCUACGGGCGCGAACACCAGUUAAAUCCACGGACAUCAGGCCGAUGGCCUCUCGCCGAGCUGUGAAGACGCGGGGCCAGCGAGGGGCACCACGGCUCUCCCACCCCGAUCAUGUGCUACGCGGGUGUCCUUAACAGAUCGGCCUCAUUUCUUUCACUAGCUUGCCUGUCACCGGAAUAUUCCGUUUGUUAUUCAUUAAGAACUAACCAGGAAGUAACUAGGUAAGGCUCCUAGAGCCUUAGAGCCAACAGGAGCCACAGAGGUCAUUUUGUUUGGCCCCGAAGCAGGAGUCCCAGGGUCCCAUGACACCUCCUCCCACAGAUGAGGCGCCAUCACCUGGCCAGCAGGUGCAUGGCACGCACUGCCAGGGGGUCCCUGGGUGGGCGGAGGGGCUUCAGAGGGGAGGACAAGAAAACCCCCUUAACAGCAGGAGGAGGAUGUCAGAAGCUCAGUGUGAGGACCAGGACAGCCCACGCCCUCCCUUCCAAAGACCCUUUCCUCCUUUUCUUGUCUCCAUCCAUGUCCCCAAGCGAACCUCUUCUCAGAGGGGACAUCUCAGAGGCAGCCAAAGAUGGCAUUUUGGAAAACCGAGCCCCGCAGGACGCACUCUGGGCUGUUUGGUGACAAGAGCCACCUGUAAUGACCUUGUUUUCCCAAGCAGAAAAGCAGGACAGGUGUGGCCUCAGAAAGGAGGGGUGGGAGGGACCUGACGCCCACCCUGUGCCUCCUGCAUAGGGGCAUUCUAGAAGUAACCGUCACCUCGAGUAGUUUUGUAAUGCUGUUCCCAUUUUCAGAUGAGAAAACGCAAGCCUGGCUGGGGGUGGGGGUGGGUGGUCCCGUGGGGGAGUGAGGCUUGGUCCAGUUCUGGGGGUUGACCCGCAUUUCCUUUAUGUGUCCCCCCCGUGAGCAUGACUCAAGUUCCAGGUGCCCUUGCUCCGGGUCGGCCUGGGGUCCCCCGGGGCCCUGCCCGCUCUCCUGCAGCCCGGUGCCGUGGGCCAGGACAGCCAGUGAUUCGAAGUGGUCUGUUGUGAGAAGCGCGCUGUGAGGACCCCGGGCCCGUUCUUCAGCCCCCGUUGGUGCCAGAGCAAACGGGCCUCGAAGUGAACGAGUCUCUCUCACUUGGGAGCAGCUGGGAGCAACAAAGCGUCUUUUCAACAACGCCCUGACUUUGUUUUCAGAAAGCAUUCGCUUGCCAAAAUGGAGCGCAGUUUUCAGUUCCAACGUUAACCAAGCACCUUGGGUUUUUGGGGGAAUAUAAUGUCAAUAGGUUGAAUUCGAGCCACCUUGUUUGGGAUGCUUUGAACACGUCAGUUCUCACAUGGAGGAAUGUCCUGUCCCCACCCCCGCAGGUCAUGAGCAGGCAGGUGGCUCCCCCCAGCCCUUGAGGGUCCCUGUCUGGGAGGAGCCGCUCCCCUGCACCCCACGGGGUGAGAGUAAGAGAAAGGAGGCUGCCAUUUUACAAGAGGCCAGUAAGGGACGGACUGGGCCCUUUCUUCUCAAUGCUGCUCAACAGGAAGAAUUCGAUGCUGCUCCCUUAUCUGAGUGAGCAAUAGGAGACGUUACCACCUCCAUGCUGCCUGUGGGAAGCCCCUCUCGCUCACCCCCUUUGUUUCCCACACCCCACCUGUUUCAGGGUGCCGCUGAAGUGACAGCAAAGACAGACGUGUCCUUUCUCCUGGGAGAGGGGGACCGGGGACAAGGAUCCAGGGCCCGGAGAUGCCCCAUGAGGAGCUGAGGGCCCUGCUGCGUCUUACCUGUGUUAUUCCUGCGGGCGGGCCCUCGGGAUCCAUCGGGGCCUCUUCUCCCCUGGCGUCCUCUCGCCCCCUCCCACUGAUUCACACACCUAGCACACACGCACACACUCCUGCCAUAUCACCCCUUACCAAAGGUCCCUGAAGGGCCCACUUUCUGGUGCAGGUUCAAUGAAUGGAGAAGAUGGGGUUCAGCCAGUCUCCCCUUGGGGUACAUCACUGGGCCCCGGCCCAUGCCUGUCACGUCCGGUGCGCCGGUCAGCUCGCUUCCUCUUCCACACUGGCCGUCCUGCUCCCCUCCUUCCAGCGUCCUAGGAACUUGCUUGGCUUCCCUGCUGUCACAGCCCGGAGCUGUGUCCCCACUGGCCACAGGGGAGCAUGCUGUAGGUGCUAAUAAAGGAGCAUUGGAUUCAG